CCGACGUGCUUGAGCGCUGUCCGCUGCGCAGAUCGGAGCAGUGCGAACACACUCGAACCUCAGCCGUGAACGUGUAGUGGAAGAGUGCAGAGUCAUGAAAGUGUUUGUAAACAUCAUUAGCUUCAUCCACACACAAGCUUUUGCCACCUGAUGUGGGACUGUCAUGCCACUGAGCUACACAUGGGAGGACAACAUUAAAUUACAGAAGCUAUUGGACAUUACAGUCUACAGAAUGAUUGCUCAAACAUCACUCUCAACAUCAAGAAGGAUAUCUGUGCGUCUUCUCCAUGGACAUCUGCUCCUAGGUUAAGUUCCUUUUUGGCACUCCACAGGCUGAGUUUACAAAACAGACACAAUGCCGUGGCCUUUCUCAGAGUCCAUUAAAAAGCGGGCCUGCAGGUACCUGUUGCAUCGGUACUUAGGCAAUUUCCUCCAAGAAAAACUGAGCUUGGACCAACUUAGCGUGGACCUCUACCAAGGCAAAGGUUCACUUGCACAAGUGCCCCUGGAUAAAUGGUCAUUGAAUGAGAUACUGGAGUCAGUGGAUGCUCCAUUUGAAGUGACUGAGGGCUUCAUCCAGGCCAUUUCCCUCACUGUACCAUGGGCCUCAUUGCUUCAGGACAACUGUGCUCUGGAAGUCAAAGGCUUGGAAAUGGUUUUCAGGCCAAGGCCUCGCAUGACAUCUGGUAUGGAGCCUAUGUACUGGUCUAGCUUCAUGACUAGCAGUAUGCAGCUGGCAAAGGAAUGUCUGAGUCAGAGACUAACCGAUGACCUGGGUGAAAGUUUUCAACCUCUGGAGGGUUUAGAGAAAUUUGCUGAAACAAUUGAGACAGUAUUGAGAAGAGUCAAGGUCACAUUUUUGGAUACAGUUCUAAAGAUUGAACAUGUUCCAGAAAAUUCCAAAACAGGAGUCGCCCUUGAAAUGAGAAUCAAAAGGAUGGUUUACUGUGAUGAAGCUGUUGAAGAGGGCUCAAGUGUAAACAUCCACCAACCCACAACAUUUGCACACAAAAACCUGACACUGGAAGGUGCAAAUGUUUUCUGGGAUGAGUUUUGUGAGACCUCCCGUACAAGUGUCAAGUCUUCCCCCACUCAGUCGGAAACUGAACCUAAAUUAUCCCCAAGCUGGAAUCCAAAAAUUAUCUGUGAGCCUCACCCACAGUUCACAGAGCCCGUAUGUGCCAGCACACCUUUUGAACCUGUGCAGGUGGGCUGCCUUAGUGGCAAACUGGAGCUGUCCCUGGUCCUGAAGCAGAAUGAAGCCAUGCCUGGAGCCAAGCUGGACAUUGAAGGGCAGAUUGAUUCACUGAUCUUGCUGCUUUCUCCACGGCAAGUCCACAUGCUACUGGAUAUGUUUGGAGUCUUCUCUAGCACAGCAGGGCAAAAAUGGUCUGGGUUGACUAAGGACAGAAAGAGUCGUCCCAUGCAGCAGGAAGAUGAGUACCGUCUCCACAUGGAGCUUAACCGCUGCUUAAAAAAGGAGACAAUGACUGCUGGUGCUGAACAGGACUUAUUUGAAAGCCAUACCACUAGGACAGUAUCAAGUAGAGCAGAAGAUGUAUUUUUCUCCAUGGCUGACAUGGACAUGUCACACAGCCUAUCAUCACUGCCCCCUCUUGGAGACCCACCCACUGUAGACCUGGAUCUGUCUCUUAACAGCAACUACUCCACCUCUCUGGGGGAGUCGCCCUCUGGCAAUGCAGAUACUGUGUGGGAUGAGUACCUGGAUAUGCCUAAACAAAAGGAGAAGCAAAGUCACGAAACACCAUUGUUCUCUAGAGACCCUCAGUGCCCUCAUAACCUGCCCAGACAGACCUCUCAUAUGUCUAAGGGCCACUGUGAUGAGUCCAGGCCUGAGCUGGUUUUCAGGCUAACAGUGGGCAAUCUCUGCCUGUCUGUGCUGCACAUCGAUCCUCUCCCACCCCCAGAUUCAACUCGCAGCUCUCUUGCACCAAUGGCCUCUGAAUUUUUCCACAUGAUGGCUAAUGAUCAGCUACAUCUAAGAGGGUUCCUCCAAGCACGAGCUCUUUUUGACCAGGCCUGCCCACAUGACCAUCUCAGGUUUAUAGGUCAGGAGUUAAAGGUAACAUAUGAGCAUUGCCAAGGCUCCAGUCUGCGCACUCUCAGCACGGAUCUGUCACUGAAGAGAAUGGAGUUGCUGGAAUGCCUUUAUCCCUCAGAGAAUCACGGUAGCACUGUGCAGAGUGGUGUGCAGUACACAGAGCUCUUAACAUUUGACGUUGCUACCAGCUGUGAUUCCCCUGCGCAAAGUUGUCUUCAUUUGUUCUACAAGUUAACAGAACGCAGAGGUCCACAGGGCGGGCAGGUGCGUCUGAGUGCUAUGCCCCGUAAAGCAGAGUUUCAGGUGGAGCUGGGCAAUGCUCGCUCAGAGUGUGACAUCAGUAUCGUGGACCGCCUACACUCCCUACUUCAGCCACAGAAACUGGCUACCACAGAAACCAUGGCCUCUCACAUGUAUACAUCCUAUAACAAGCAUGUUAGCCUUCACAAGGCUUUUGCGGAGGUCUUUUUGGAGGAUAGCCGCAGUCCCGCACACUGUUUGGUGGCGGUGUCUGUAAAUGCUCCUCAUCUUGUGCUAGUGGUACGGUUCCCUAUCCCAGACCUGCGCUCAGAUCAGGAGAGGGGCCCUUGGUUCAAAAAAUCUCUGCAAAAGGAGGUGUUACGCUUAGAGCUGGAAGACUUGGAGCUCAAAACUGAACUGAGUGGAAAUAGUUCACCUGAGCAGACCAAGAUAGAACUUAUCUUUAAGGAGCUCAGUGGUACAUUUCAGCAUGACAAAGAUCAAUUUGCAUCCAGGUUCUUACGUGUGUCACAUACUAUGGAGGAGAACAUGACCUCUUCUGACAGUGGCAAAUUUGAUUGGCCUAGAGUGGUCCUGAAGGUCAACCCCAUGGUUGUGCACUCCAUAUUGGAGCGGGUUACGGCUGAAGAGGAGGAAGCAGGGGCUGAAGGACAUUCGCAGGAGGAAGAGGAAGAGGAAGAAGGAGCUGCCCACUCUUUGAAGGAUGUGUGUGAUUUUGGUAAACCUGAGCCAUCCCCCUUUUCCUCAAGACGUGUUAUGUAUGAGAAUGAAGAGAUGGUCAUCCCCGGAGAUGUAAUGGAAAUGACAGAAUUCCAGGAGAAAACCAUGAGCAAUUCUCGUUACAUUCUUGAACUGUCAUUCCCCAAUGUGCAAAUAUCAUUACCUAAUAAGACCUUCUAUGAGAAACUAAACAACAGGAUAAAUAAUGACCUGCUGUUAUGGGAGCCUACAGCCCCAUCACCUGUGGAGACAGUGGAGAGCAUGCCGUAUGGGGGUGGCCUCUCUGUAGCCAGCCAGCUUAUUAAUACCUACAGCAAGGAGAGCUUCAGUCAGUUCAGAUCUCUUGGCCCUGAAGAAGAUGAAAGUGGUUCAGAAGAGGAGACUCUACCAUACUACACUCCAACUGAGCUGGGCUAUAGGAACAUGAAGAAAAGGAAGAAUAAGAUGCAGUCUAAGAACUCUCAGAGCCUGUUCUCUUUUCUGCUAUCUGUCAAUCACUGCCUUAUAUCAUUGCAAACAGAGGCUAAGCAAUCAGAUAAAGGUGUGCUGAAGAAUAAACAUGGGGAGUUCUGGAUGGAGGUGAAGAAUGGAGUUGUUUUUGGUGUGACACAGUACGAGGGUUAUAAAGACCAGCACUAUGUCUGUUUCCAUACAUCUGCAAUCUCUCUUUAUCACCAAGGCACAGUAGAAGGAGAUGUCCCUGUGUGGGAUGUAAAGUUGCCCUGCAGGAUGCGUCCUCACUGGUUGGAGCCUGUGUUGUAUGUAUGUGAGUCAGCGGCAGAAAGAGCGUCUCCCUCAGAAGGACUGAAUGUGGAGCCUCAGAGUAUGCUCUCACUUGCCCUCAAGAUUUCUUCUCAAAGUGUUGAACGCAAUGUAAAGGAGUUUUUGCUUGCUGUUGGAGUCAGAGGAGCUACAUUUCAGCAUCGAGUUGUGCCCACUAGUCUGGGUUGGUACGAUCAGAUAGUAGACUUUCUGAACGUGACAGAUGAGCCUGUGCUUGGCUAUACACCUCCAUCCUAUCUUACAACCCUUCACCUACAUCUAUGGAGCUGCUCCCUGGAUUACAGGCCAUUGUAUCUGCCUGUGAGAUCUCUGCUCACAGUGGAGACCUUUAGUAUCUCCAGCAGUGUGUCUUUGGAUCAUUCCUCCUCCUGUCUCCGAAUCAUUCUUGAUGAAGCAGCGCUGUUUCUGUCCGACAAAAGUAAUGCGGUGUCUGUCAACCUAGCCCGAGACUAUGUGCAGGUGGUUGAUAUGGGAACAUUAGAGCUGAGGAUCACAGCUGUCAAAACUGGCAUAGAUGGGGAGAGAGUAAGUCUUACAGACCCGAGGUUUGAGCUGCGCUGCUCAAGCGAUGUCAUUCACAUUCGGACCUGCUCAGACUCUUGUGCUGCACUCAUGAAUCUCAUCCAGUAUAUUGCCAGCUAUGGAGACCUGUUUCCCCCAUCCAGGAUGGAGAGCAAGGCUGGCAGCACCAAACAAAGAGCAAAGAUGGAGUCACUGAGCAAGCCCCAGUCCCAUGGUCCCCUGCUUCCAGAUGCUGAGCAGCAGAUGCUGCAAGAUCUGAUGAGUGAUGCCAUGGAGGAAACCGACUCGCUGCAGAGUCACACCUUACAGCCCAAUGGUGUACAUGUGGAUCAGACAAGUGAUCAAGACCCACCACUUUCUGAUCUCUUCCUCUUUCCUGAUGAGAGUGGCAGUGUGGGACAGGAUGCUUGUCAAGCCUACCCCAUACUGCAUUCACCCCUUAUCUCACCACCUUGCCCUAGCACACACCAUGACUCUGAUGACUUCUGCAUCUUGGACACACCAGGCUCUCGUGCAUUGGGAAGGGAUGAAGAGCCAGUGGUAAAGAAGCUGACAACCGAGCCCAUUGUGGUGUUGGACAACCAUUUUAAUGAGCCUCUACAGGGAAGCACAUCCAGCAGGGGCCCAAUGAACUUCCCUGUGCCUGAAGUCAGGUACCUGGUUAAGGAGAUUUCUGUGAUCUGGCACCUUUACGGAGGAAAGGACUUUGGCAGCGGAUCCCUCUCAUCUUCUCCGGCCCGCAGUAAAGGGUGUACUCCUCAUAGUUCUCCCUCCCAAACACCAGUAAGACAGGCUCGCAGUGGCUCCCGCUCUGGGGGGGGUUGGGCCAGGAAUCCAGAUGUGUUGAUGGAGAUCCAACUCAGCAAGGUACGGUUCCAACAUGAAGUCUACCCUCUGAUGGGCCCUGAGACAAGCACACUGUCUGAACAGCCUGUGUCCAGGCAGAUAUUCUCAGUGCAAGACCUGGAGAUUCGAGACAGACUGGCCUCCUCCAUGAUGAACAAGUUUCUUUAUCUGUACUCCAGCAAAGAGAUGCCCAGGAAAGCUCACUCCAACAUGCUAACAGUCAGAGUAUUGCACAUGCGUCCAGAGGCAGGUCAGGCUCCACAAGAGUGCUGCCUUCGUGUUUCUCUGAUGCCACUUCGUCUCAACAUUGACCAGGAUGCUUUGUUCUUUCUGAAGGAUUUCUUCACGUGUCUGGCUACAGAGGUCGAGAUGUUCUCCCCACCAGAACAGGAAGUAUUGUGUGUUUCCAUGAAAAAGCCCUCUGGUCCAGAGGUAGCAUGCACAUUUGCUAAAUCCAGUGGAGCAGCAGGUCACGGCACUGCACCAAUCAUAUCUGUGCCCACCCAAACCUCCGCCAGUCAAAACGGCCUUGAGCCAUCUGCCACAUCUUAUACUGACCAGCCUAUUUUCUUUAGAGAGUUCAGGUUCACUUCUGAGGUUCCAAUCCGACUGGAUUAUCAUGGGAAACACAUGGCCAUGGAGCAGGGUACUUUUGCUGGCAUAGUAAUUGGACUAACGCAGCUGAACUGCUCUGAGCUCAAACUGCGGAGACUCUGCUACAGACAAGGACUUUUGGGUGUAGAUAAGCUCUUUUCUUAUGCCAUUAAUGAGUGGCUCAGUGAUAUUAAAAAGAACCAGUUGCCUGGACUGCUUGGUGGGGUGGGACCCAUACACUCCUUGGUGCAGCUUGUCCAGGGCAUUAGGGAUCUAGUGUGGCUGCCUAUAGAGCAAUAUCGGAAGGAUGGACGGAUAGUGCGAGGAUUUCAGCGAGGUACUGCCUCAUUCGGGACCUCCACUGCAAUGGCAGCCCUGGAGCUUACCAAUCGCAUGGUGCGAACUAUCCAGGCAGCUGCAGAAACUGCGUAUGACAUGGUGGCUCCAGUGAUAGAUGAGAGAGAAUGCAAAAAGGUCAAACGAUACUCACAUUUUCGAUUGGCGCAUCAGCCUGUGGACCUCCGAGAAGGUGUAGCCAAGGCAUACAGUGUAGUGAAAGAGGGCAUCACAGACACGGCUUUAACGAUUUACGACACAGCCACCCGUGAGCAUGAGCAGAGGGGAAUGACCGGUGCAGUGGGUGGAGUCUUACGCCAGCUGCCUCCUGCUGUUGUUAAACCUUUAAUUGUUGCUACAGAAGCCACCUCCAAUGUACUAGGAGGCAUGAGGAACCAGAUUCACCCAGAUGCUCGCCAGGAGGAAUCACAGAAAUGGCGUCUGGGAGAAGAGUAAUCGAUCUUGUGUUCUUUCUGUCUGAGGCUGACGGUGUUGCCAAACAUGGUGUUAUAACUAAAGCAACACGUCGCAGUCUUUUUUGAUAGACUCAGCUCGGCUGACUGGCCUGUUUGUAACUUGUGUCCACGUUUUGCUGCUUACUGUUUUAUUUAAGACCAUGGUAACGUCUUACUGGUAGACAGAGACCAUGGCAGUAAAACCCUAGCUUCAGAUCAGCUGUUAAUGGAUAACUGGAUUUACCUUUUUUUUUCAGCAGCCCUGGUCCCUUAUAUUUAAUGACUCAAAGGCUGCAGCCCUGGAGACAUGCAUUGUUGGUUUACUGAAGUAGAUUAACUUGAUGAAUCUGAAAACUUGUCAGUUUUGUGUCAGUCUGUAAACUGGCAUGUCUUGCCCCACCGAGGCUAUGCCCAUGCUGUGGUUUCAGUUCCGACUUGGCCUACGUUUAUAUGUUACUGAAUUUGACACAGAUGUGAUGUUAUAAUGCAACCUUUGUCUGGAAUUCAUGUAGCUUUAUGUCUGUCCACAUCCACAUUCAUCAUUGGUUCAGUCACAUUUGGCAAGAUCUAUAUGAAUUAAUGUUGAGUAGAAGAGAACACGAGACAGUACCUGGUUUUAGCAGGUACUUAGCCUAUAAUGUGCUGCAUAAAAGUAACACACUCACCCAUGAUUAAUGCAACUAGAGAUUGACUCAAAGUGAUCCAACAUCAUGUUUUGUGCAUAAACAUCGGUUGAGGAGCAUGAUGUGAGCUCAGAACAGUCAGAAUAUUGCUCAAAAGACUUGUAGUGCCUUCAUAAGAUUAUAAUGAAAUGUUAAUUAGUUAGAUUUCUUUAAACCUGACAUUAAAAAGGAAUAAAGUACAAUAGUUUUUCACUUCAGUUUUUUGCCUGAACACGGUAAGAACAUUUGUUAAAAGCCAUUAGAAAUGCCAUAGCAAGGAAGGAAGGAUUUUAAGGGAAAAUAUAAAAGGAAAGGAAUGUUUGUUUGUUUUUUAUUAAUUAUAUCCUGAUUGGUCAUUUGAUGAGUAAUUUCCACAUAUACUUUCUGCUGUAAGACUACUUGAUAAAUUGUUAAAUAUUUGUAAUAAGAAAGGUUGCUUGAAAUCUGUCCAUUUUCAACCUGCUGUAAGAAAAAGCUCUUGACGUUUCCAUGUUUUAAUUUGGUAAAUGCAGUAAGCUUAUAUUCAUCUCCAAAAUAUUUGGUGUUUUUGGUUAGCUGCUUAAUAUGUGUUUGCUUUUGUGACAUUCCGUGGCAUCUGUAGCAAUGAAACAUAUAUUACAUGGCCAUCCUUAUACAUAUCAAAUGUGAAUAUGUGUGUAUAGAUUGUGUAGUUGUGCAUUAUAUAAAUGCUCUCUGGAUUUGCAUUUUUGGGUAUGAUAUUUGGGAAACUGAUACCUGAAACCGAUUUGCUAUAUACGGCCGAGAGAAAAUGGCUUCCGACAUCCCUUUGUUUGUACAUAUAUGUAAAAUUAAUUUGUGCGGUUUACACGAAAGCAUGUGUUCUCUAUAAUAAACUGUUUAAUGUCCAGCA